AUGCUCAACACCAAGACGGUCCACGUCCCUCAUCUGGGAGGUAUCGAUGCCGCGUACCAGAUGCCUCACCCCUACGACGCGUCCAAGCCGACCUUGAUCCUCGUGAACAGCUUCACCACGUCGUCUGAGCUGUACCGGAAGCAGUACGCCAACAAGGAACUCACGGACAAGAUGAACCUCGUCGCGAUCGAGCUGCUCGGACACGGGCAGACGCGCACCAAGUCGGAGAACUUUACAUACUGGGACACUGCGAUCAUGAACAUCCAGGUCAUGGAGGCGCUGGGCAUUAAAAAGGCCUUCGUCCUGGGCACGAGCCAGGGCGGGUGGAUUACGGUGCGAAUGGCGCUAUUGGCACCUGACAAGAUCCAAGGCAUCAUCCCUCUCGGUACCUCGCUGGACUAUGAAUCCGAACGCACACGCAAGCUCGGCUGCUGGGACGGCGUCGCGGCCUGCACGGGCCCCAUCGACAAGUGGACGAGCAAAGACCCUACGCCCGACUUCCAACCGGAUCUCGACUACUGCGACUUUUUGAUUGAUAUCGGCUUCGGCAAGAACUGCCCGCAAGAGACGCGCGAUUUCUGGCGCAAAACCAUCCAGGCAAAUUACCAGGGCGACGACGGGCGCAGGCGCGCCAGGAUGGCCGCCAUCAAUCUGCGUGAAAGAGACGGUCUACACGGCCGGUUGUUCGAUGUCAAGUGUCCUGUUAUGUGGUUACAUGGCACAGAUGACGUGGUCUACAGCGUCGCCAAUGCGGAGCAGGAGAUCAAGCUCUUCACAAACUCGCCGUCGGCAGAACUGGUCGUGGUGCCGGGUGGCGCGCAUUUCUUGUCCGCGUCGCACCCCAAGGAGGUCGAUAAUGCGCUGAUCGCGUUUGUGGGAAAGUAUGCUUGA